CGAAGAAUAUUGAUGUGACAUAAUUACAAGCUAACGUAUUAUAAUACUCGCUUAUCUUCAUUUAAAAAGAUAAAGUUUUUUUUAAUGCUGUUCGUUGCAGCUGACCGAUUAAGAUUUAUGCGGUAGUACAGGAAAGAUUUUUAAUUCCGGAUUGCUACACUUCUUUCAUUCUAACCGAAUGUUAUCCCUAUUCGUUUCUCGUCACCUGCAACAUCGAUCGGAAGGGGGUAUGGGGAAGGGAAAGAAAGAGAAGGGAAGUGAAGGGAAAGGAAGGGGAAGAAGUUGCAACGAAACGGAACAGGGAACGAAUUCAAACGGAUCGAAUCGUUUCAGAUCGGAUCACAGCUUUAACAGAGGGAAAGGACGGAAAGAGACCAGAAUGGCCGGUAGAUCAGUGGGGAGAGACAUAGGUACUCUUUCAGCGUAGACACGUAUGUAACGUGAAAGUAACUCUUACAAUUCAGCGGUGAUCGGGUACUUCUUGGUGCUUUAUGGUGUCGGUAGUCUGGUUGCUUAUAUCGAGGUUAAAGUACGCUGCGUAUAGCCGUAUAUCGUUGUGUAUUUUGUUCGUUAUUUCAGGAUAUAUAUGAAUGACGAAGUGAAAAAAAACAUAAGAAUAAGAAAGAAUGAUAGACAGCCGUCAUAUAAUGUAAACUUUUUGUCUGUCAAUCGUUUUGUCAAAUAUAAUAUCAAAUAUAAUACACUUAGGAAGAACAGGGAAACAGAUAGAUUGUUGAACUUCGGUAAAGAAUGAAACCUGUUUCAUUAGCGCGAACGAAUAAUAUAAUAUAAUUUGAAUUCAAUAAAAUUAAAUAAAGACACUGAUCUUACCUGUGAUUCAAUUAUAUGCAUAUAAUUCAUCGAUUCAAUAUUUUUUUUUCAUUUUUUUUUUUUUGUAUACUUAUAAAAUAUGUCGUGUUACGUUCCUUAAUCUGUCAAUUUUGGUUCGCAUCUCGAGCGAAAGUCGUUUCUCGAAAUAUAUACAUAAACACGCGUUGAUAUAUUUUGCUAAUAUAUUUAUUUUUUUUAUUUUUCCUCUGAAUUUUUAUUUAUCAAUAUACGAAAAAGAAAUAUUAAUUGUAUUAUUUAAAUGUUUGUCAUACAUAUCUUUCUUCAUCAGGGAAAUGUAUAUGAAGAUAACAAUCAUCGUUCGAUCAAGGUGAACGGACAUUAAAAAGAGUGAUAUAAAUGGAACGAGUAAUGGUUUUACUAUAAAAACAUUAUAAAAUCAAAUUAUGUUUAUAAUUUCUUAUUUUCAUAUGUGAUCAUUGUGUUGCAUCAAAGGAAAGAAUCGGAAGAAAAUUGCUGUGAUCAAUAUAUUUGCUACAAUAACAAAUCGCUAUUUAAUUAUAAAUGGGUAAUCAUUAAAGAGAAAAAUCAUGUACAUUACAACAGCUGUUCUAUCUUUCUAAGUGAUUCGUGCUUCGAUUAAAUUAAUAUAAUUUGGACUAAGUUGAAGUCUAACAUUUUUGUGUACAUGUUUAAAUCUUCAAUUUGAAGAUCGUUUAGUGUGAAUUUACUUAUUUUUUUUUUAAAUAUAUUAACAAUAAAUGGAUGUUCGGCUUAAAAAGAAGAAAGAAAAUUUGCAUGCUAACAGCUAAUCGAACAUUAAGUGAUCUUCGUCGGGAGUGUCGUUGGUACGUUUUUUAAAAUCGCGAAUUUUUUAUUUCGUUCCGUUUUUCAUUUCUGCCCUACUCUUUCUUUCUUUCUCUUUAUUUUCUUCUUCCUUCUCUUUUUCUUCUUCGUCUUCAUCUUUUUCUUUUUUUGUUUUUUUUCCUUUUCCUUUCAUUUCCUCGUUGAUAUCCAUUAUUUGUUAUAUCCAUUUUGUCCUUAUCUUUCAUAUUCCUUUAAAUACUCUUCGAUUGUUCAAUCAUGAGAGAAGCCGUAAUACUUACCACAUGUCUACUGGGUAUCGUGUUCGCUGGAAGUCCUAGACUACCCAGGACCUCUGCUGAUGAACGUAAUACCCGCAAUGUUAGUAACAAUGGAGGCAACAUCACUGGAAACACGAUACCGGUACCUAGCCGCAAUUCUCAACGAAAUAGAGAGCAAUACCUCUUCAAUGUUUUCGAAGUAAUAGUUUCGACAUUGGAAUCGAAAUUACAACGAAUCGAAAACUUGGAUAAGGCGGUAGAACAUUUGAUGAGAAGAGUGGAAGCUUUGGAUUCACGUGUCAAUGAUAAUAUUGAUAAAACUGAUGCGGUUAUUACGAAGUUAAGAACAUUAGAUCUAAAGCUUUUCAAUUCUCAUACAAUUGAAUUUUCUUCAACUGAAUCUGCAUUUUCGGCAAGAACGAUCGAUGAUAAAAACGACAGUGAAAUUAGAAGUGGUUCGAAAUUGCAAUCGAUUCAUCAAAAACGAGAGAAUCCAUCGUCGGAAACUCUUGGGGAAAAAUUAUUGUCGCUCGAUCAAAAGGUAUCGGACAUAGAUAAUAAAUUGAUCGAUUUGAAACACCAGUUGGAUAAUAAUUUUUUACAAAAUGACGACAUAAAUGCUGAAGCCAGUGAAAAGAAGCCGAUUAGCAUGAGUGUAAUUGAAAUAACAAAAGCGAUGAGCAACGAAAUAAUAAAUCACAUUACGAUCGAGAUAGAAAAUUUAAGGCAAGCGACCAAUAAUAUGGACAGGAAAUUACAAUUCCACGUCAAUUUAGUGUCUGAUCGUUUGGGAACCAUUUAUAACAUGAUGACAGAUGUGCACGAUGCGAUAUUAGUAAGAGGCACUACUAAUACUCGGUCACCGUUCAACAUCACAACAACGACAACUACCGAACCACCUCCAAAGCAAAGUAAAAUAGAUCGACUCGUCGAGCAAAUGUAUCCAAUGUUGACCGUUUCGGAAAAAAUGGACGAAGUUUGGAAUAUUGUAGUUGGUACAAAAAGUUCCGUGGACGAUCUUUUACCAAAAUCUGAUGAAUUACUUACGCAAACACAAAGACAGGAAAGAGCGAUUAAUGAAAUUCAUACGGAUUUAAGAUUGAAAACAAACAAGAUUAUUGAAAAUUUGGAAGGAGUUGAGAAUAGAUUGCGGAAGCAGGAGGAUGAUGUUGCUAAUUUUGCCCAGCGUCCAAUUCCUGCAGAAUUGCUUCUCGAUCCUACGAUCGAUCGUCUGGUUGAAUAUGAUUCGAACAGAUACGUUGGUCUCACCGAUGACAUCCCAGGAGAAACAACCGUACCACCAGUGAAUCCAACAACGAUCGUUUCAUCGGUGUCGAUGUCCAUUUCUUCCUCGACUUCGUCGAAUACCAUGUCGCUCAAUAAUUUCAACAAUUCGACUAAUGUUACUGGUUUUGCAAAUUUCUUUAAUUCUACUGCCAAUCCUGGAAUAUCGUCACCUUCGAGUUCACAACGAUCCUCGUCCAAAAAUCGUGGAGUUAUAUUUCCAAGUGUCAAAAACAAACCAAGUCCAGCAAAUUCAACAUUUAACACAGAUGGAUUUCUUAGUUACAAAGAUGUUAAGGGUUACUCGUGCGUUGAUUUAUUAAAUGCAGGAAUGAGAGAUAGCGGUGUUUAUUACCUUCAAAUUCGCGGAACAACUUACUGGUUUCUCAAGGUUUAUUGUGAACAAGAUAUUGCUGAAGGAGGUUGGACAGUCAUUCAAAGAAGAGAUGAUUUUGGAGAGCCAAGAGAAAAUUUCAAUCGAGAUUGGGCGGAUUAUAAAAAUGGUUUUGGUGAUCCUGCUCGAGAGUUCUGGCUUGGCAAUGAAAAUAUAUAUAUGUUAACGAAUAACGAAGAUUACAUGCUCAGAGUAGAACUUGAAGAUUUUGAAGGUAACAAAAGAUAUGCGCAAUAUUCUCACUUCAAAAUUUAUUCAGAAGCAGAAUAUUACAAAUUAGAAAUUGAUGGUUAUGAUGGAAAUGCCGGUGAUUCAUUGAAUGAUCCUUGGUAUGGUUCAAACAAUAGUCCCUUCUCCACAUAUAAUAGGGAUAAUGAUAGAUCAUCGUUGAAUUGUGCUUCCAUGUUGAAAGGUGGCUGGUGGUGGAAAUCUUGUGGACGAGGAUUAAAUGGUCUUUAUUUGAAUGAUCCUCAGGAUUUAACUGCUCGACAAGGUAUCGUAUGGUUCCGCUGGAGAGGUUGGGAUUAUACUUUGAAACGUGCUACGAUGAUGAUUAAACCGAAAGGACCAACAACAGUAACGAUAUAGAGGCUUACAUAAAUUUUUCUAGAAGAAUUAUAAUACGUUUAUACGUUAUAGCGUUUCGUAUCAAUGAACACAAUUUCUUACAAGUUACCAAAUAUGUAUAUUUUAUAUACAUAAAUACAUAUAAGAAUUGUAUAAUAGCAUCGAAUGAAAUAAUCUUUCAGAAAAUUUUCAUUCUCUCUACAGAUUUUUAUUAAAUUCGAUAUUUUAUAUUUAUUUCAAUGAAAUUAUUUUUUUCGAUUCUGAUAGAUUAACAAUGUAAAGAAUUGAAAAUAACAAAAAAUGCAAAUUAAGCAUAAUUAAAUAUAAAUA